UUAUCAUGGAUUACUCUGAGCAGUAACUAUCCUGAAAUGUUAUAGCAAUGGCUCAUGUAGGUGUGCGUGUGGUCAGAGGCCCUAGCUGGGAAUGGCAAGACCAGGAUGGAGGAGAAGGUCAUCUAGGCACACUGACAAGUAUUGGAGACUGGGGUGCGCAGCAUGGGAAAGCAGCAAUUGUUCAGUGGGACUGUGGCGAGUCCAGAAAGUACAGACUGGGACUGUCUGGGAACCAUGACCUCCUACUUUAUGACAACGCAACUAUAGGUAUGCGCCAUGUAAAUAUCACUUGUGAUGCCUGCCACUCACAAGGAAUCUGGGGAAUUCGCUGGAAAUGCAUGCAGUGCCACGAUUAUGAUCUCUGCUCUAAAUGCUACAUGAGUGACGAGCACAACACCAUGCACACUUUCUUCAGAAUACCAACUCCAGCAUCCCAGUGGGUGAAGAUGCCAACAAGAAAAACUUCAAAGAAGAUAGAAGUUAAAGGAAUAUUUGCUGGUGCAACUGUAACAAGAGGACCAAGUUGGAAAUGGGGAUCACAAGAUUCUGGAAGCCCUGGGAAGGUAGUCGAACUGUGCAGCUGGAAAGCUGCCAUGGCAAGAAGUGCUGCACGAGUGAAGUGGAGAGAUGGACGGACCGAACUUUAUCGAGUUGGAUUUCAGGGAAGCAUGGAUCUUAAAUGCAUUAAUUCAUCAGUAGGAGGAUAUUACUAUAAGGAUCAUUUACCUAAACUGGGAGACACUGAAGCCAAACCUAGAAACGCGUUCAGAAAAGGUGAUAAAGUGAUAACCUUAGCCAAACAACAUCAGACUCUGGACCUGGCUUUUCUCUUGGGAGUGGAAGUUUUACAAACUGGAGAAGUUGAAGACGUUACCAGUGCAGGAGACAUUAUUGUUGAUUAUGGUUCUGGUAGAAAAGGAACUUUCAAACCUGAAAAAUUAAUUAAGGUGUAUUCCAUUGGUGAUUAUGUGAAAAUCAUUGAAGAAGUUGAAACUGCUAGAAAACUUCAAGAGGGCCAUGGAGGAUGGUCAGAAGGAAUGGUCCAGACUUUGGGACAGAUUGGCCAAGUCAUGAAUGUUCUUCCUUCUGGAGAUUUAAAGAUCCACGUCCGUGGUAGAACAUGGACUUACAAUUCGAAGUGUGCAUGCACUGUGGAUUCUUCAGAGUUGCAGAGACACCUGUCGGCAGAAGAUGAUGACAAUGAUUUAGAUGUGUUGACAGGGUUACUUCUGAAUCUGCUGCUUCCUGAUGAGCUAUUAGGUGGAGGGUUUGCUAGUCCUCAAUGCCAGCCAUGGUGUUCAAAUAUGACAAAGGCAGCACCAAAACCACAACAACAGCGACAACAGACUUCUGGCUCCAUUUCAGCUUCUAGGUCUGAGCAAGAUGAUCCAUUGCAGCUUUUGUCUGAAGCAGCAAAAGGAAAUGUUGAAAGACUGAAAAUCCUGAUUCAGAAGUUUCCAUCUAAGGUUAACAUCAAGCAUCAAGGAAAAACUGCAUUGCAUGUUGCAUCUCAUCAAGGACAUAUAGACAUUGUAAAGAUGUUACUGGAGGCAAAGGCAGAUGUAGAAGUUCAGGAUGACAAUGGAGAUCGUGCAAUGCAUUUUGCCACCUAUGGAAAUGAGCAUGAAGUUUCCAAACUCCUGAUCAAACACGGUGCCUCCGUGAAUAGCGUUAAUUCCGCCAGACAGACCCCUCUUCAUGUAGCAGCACAGAAAGGUUAUGCUGAAGUGGUCAGAGUGCUCUGUUACAAUAAAUGUGAUGUGAAUAUUCAGGAUGCUGAUGGUAAUACACCAUUACAUCUGGCAGUUGAUCAUAAUUAUGAAGAAAUAAUUGAAUUACUUACUGCAGUGAAAAGCUUGAAUUGCAGCCUGGUCAACUACAUUGGAUAUAAUCCCCUCCACACUGCAGCACUAAAGGGCAGUAAAGUAGGAGUACAGCGGAUACUGAUACGGGCUAGAAGUCUGGCAGAUGACAAGAAAGAAGAUGGAUUUGGUCCUUUACAUUUGGCAGCAUAUAAUGGCCGUACUGAUGUUGUAAAAGUUCUGCUGAAAGAGGGCUGCUGCAAUAAAAAUGCACGCAACAACCAAGGGCAGACAUCCCUCAUGCUUGCGGCAUGCCAAGGCCAUGCUGAGACUGCUUUCCUCUUGGUCAGAGAGAACAGCAACAUAAACGUACAAGAUGAAGAUGGGAAUACAGCCCUUCACCUUCUUCUCCAAAAGCCGGAACUCUUCUCCGAGGCAAAGCACCAACUGGAAUCUGACAACAUGCUACUUCAAAUUCUCAGUGACACAGGUCUCCUAGAAGAUAAGACACUGUAUGUGGGGGAAGCCCUGGCAUACUUUCUGGUGAAAGAAGGUGCAGAUCUACAUUCUUUGAAUGAAAGAAAUCGAAGUCCUCUGGACUAUGUAAGAACAGAUGCUAUAUUAAACACUAUUAGGUUAUUUGCCAAAGAAUACAGUGAUUACACAGAUGAAGAUUUGCUUUCAAACUCAGUAAAAGAGGGGCAUCCAGAAACCAUUUCAGCCCAACAUAGCAGUGAAGAAAUGCAAAGGGAAAAGCCAGAACUAACCACUGUUGCAGCAACAACUAAACCAAGGCAUUCAGGGCAAAAUAAGCCCCCUCCUCCUCCUGUUAAACCUAAGACUUUUCUAAAAUCUCUAGGAAAUAAACUGGAAGUAAAACCAGAACCCUUGCUUGUGGACCCUAAGGUGAAACAACAGGAGACACCAAUACUAGGCAAACCUGCAACAAAAUCAUCAACUGAUCCCUGUGCAUGCCCAGAUCACUGGGAGCCCAUGGAUGACAAUACCCAAGAAUACAAACUCGUCCAGUUGGAUGUCUCUUGUGCAGAAUAUGUUGCUGUCACAGCACAUUUUAUGAAGACAAUGCAAGGAAGGAAUGUAGUGAUCGCAAGCAUUAAAAGAACACAGAAUCCAGACUUAUGGGAAUCUUACAUUAGGAAGAAGUUAAAAAUGGAGAGAAAAAAUAAUGGACAUCCUGUGAAGGCGCUGAAGUUGUUCCAUGGAACAUCUGAGGAAUUAAUCGAUCCCAUCUGCCAACAGAACUUUGACUGGCGUUUAAGUGGCCUUCAUGGAACAGUGUAUGGGAAAGGAAGCUACUUUGCUCGAGAUGCAGAAUACUCAGACAGAUAUGCUGCCAAAGAGAAACAACAGCUGGCAAAACGAUACAUAUUCUUCGCACGAGUUCUUGUAGGAAACUACACAAAGGGAGGGCCAUCAUACGUACGUCCUCCUUCUAAAGAUGGAUCCAAAACGAACCUUUAUGACAGCUGUGUUAAUGAUAUGAACAAUGCAACAAUUUUUGUGAUAUUUGAAUCAUGCCAAGUUUACCCAGAAUAUCUUAUUGAAUACCAGGAGAAUCAAUGAACAACCUCGUGAUGCUCAGGAAAUAGGUUUAACAAGCGUUAGCAGAGACUGGAAAAGUAAAAAAGUUUUUCUUUAGUGGGUCACUUUUACUGCCAUGAGAAAUUUUUUUAAGCUUAGUGUGGACUGCAUUUUUACUGCUGUACUGUUGCUGGGUUUCAGCUGUACUUAUAUUUUGCAUCUUUAGUAAGAUUUGUGGUCUCUGGUUUCAGUUGUUGCUGUACUGUAGACCAAAGCUUGAUGUAGUCUAAGCAGUUAAAGUCAACUCUCAGCAAGACAGACGUACUGCAGGUUAGACCUUGUUGCCAGUGUGGUUAACAUUUAAAACGUAAUCAAGUGGUUAUGCUUGGCCUGUAACAUGUACAAUUUUUAAUAGUUCUGAGGUAAGUCAGCCUUGUUUUUUGUUACAUUUUCAGAUACCCUUAAUUCUUGGAUAUUGAGCAUGUCCCAUUCUGAAUUUUAUCUCAGGAAACACACGUGUGUGUGUGCGUGUGUGUG